AGAAGAGGAAAGCUGAUUGGAGCUUGACAUGUGUAACAGCUGGAUUUCUGCAUUGUGUUGUGGUAAGGAUGAAUAAUGCUGUGACACUGGGAUUGUGUUUAUAGUCGACCACUGAUCAAAAGGGGAGAGCAGCAGAGGCUAAAUGAAUAUAGAACCAACCACCAAAGAAGAAAAACUGAGAAAAGUGUGAAUGUGAACUAUAAUAAAAGUACCUGUGGAGUUUUGAGGUUUUGUGUUAUCGUAACAAAGAGAUGGUGCAUAUUCUACACAAGUGAAACAAACCCUCUGUCACAUUAAAGACAAAACCCACCAAAAGAAGACCAAAUGGACUCUCAGAUUGUAACUGGUGAAAUCAAUGUAUUGACUUUACUGGCUAUAGUGUCUGCUUGAGUUGUAUGAAUUUGACAGCAUGCACAUGGGUAAAUUGAUGUUGCUUUGUAGAUCCAGCAGGGGGCAUUAGACUACCACCUCCUCAGAACUGGCCUCAACAUCCUUCUUGCUUCAGGCGCCCAUGUGCAGAGUGCUCAUGAUAUAUUAUAAAUUACAGGAAGAGGCGUGUGGGUGAUGAACUGAAUAUCAGAUGUCAGACAGUACUGAGGCGGGCAGCGUUUGCUAAAAUACACUUGGCAUUGAGCUUGUUUCUGUAAUGCUGACUGAAGGGCCACACUUGUUGACAUCUUUGUUUACCAUCCUUUCUACCAAUGGGGCACACCCUGCCCUGCAGCUUGUCACCAAUGACGUGAAAUCAUUUCAUUUCUUAUUGAGGGAAGUAACCAGGCAGAUGUUUAUUGUGUGAUGCACAAUGUAACCUUGAGCCUUAACUAUGAGGGAAAUAUAAGACAUCAGGAGUCAUUUUUCUAUCUAGGAUGAGUUUGCCCUCUAAUGAAGGUGAGUGUCUUUCCUUGAGUGCAUGCUUCUUUAAAGUACUCCCUCUGUGACCUCAUCUGACCUAUAACCAGUACCGACUGGUGCAUUGUUCUCCAGGCUGGGAACAAUUUCUCACAAAUGGAGCGGGCAAUAAAAGAACGUUUUACCUUGACAUCAUUAAAGGGGUCAUAUCAAUGGGAGAGUAAGUCACUGAUAUAUAAUUUACUAUAUCAGUGACUUUUGUCUCUAAAACGGCAAUGAGGUAUGAUGAGUUUAGUAUUUGUUUCCAACAAGUUAAGUUUCAGUUUCCUGGAAAACUUUGAGAGACAGAGACAGAGAGAGAGAGAGACAGAGAGAGAGAGAGAGAGAGAGAGAAAAGGGGAACGCAGAGAGAGGGAGGAGAGUAAUGAGACAAUAAAGAGCUGAUCUGAAAGAUAAGGUUUAGACACACACUGACAGAUUUUGUGGAUCAAGGUCAGGUAGUUCUCUUUAUACAGCAGAAUGGCUUCAAGCUCGGCUAAAGUAUGCGGCUCUCCAGAUAUUCAAGAAGACCUCAGGAUUGUUCUGCUGGGGAAGACUGGCUCAGGAAAGAGUUCAACUGGGAACACCAUCCUGGGAAAUGAGGUCUUUAACACAGACGUAUCACCAUCUUCUGUGACAAAGACUUGUAAAAAAGUAUUCUUCUACUACAAAGACAGAAGAAUGAGCGUCAUUGACACGCCUGGGAUCUUUGACACGUCGAUAGCAGAAGUCGAGUUGAAAGAAGAAAUCGAGAAAUGUAUCCUCCUCUCUGUCCCAGGACCCCAUGUGUUCCUGCUUGUGAUCAGACUGGAUGUUCGGUUUACACAAGAGGAGAAGAACACCGUUAAAUGGAUCAAGGACAACUUUGGUGCAGAAGCCUCUAAGUACACACUUGUACUUUUCACCAGGGAAGACGAGCUUGGGCAGAAGUCCAUUGAGACUUUUUUGGAGGAAAGCUCUGAUCUCAGGGACCUCAUCAGAAUGUGUAACGCCAGGUACAUUGUGUUUGACAACAAGAGCAUGAACAAUCGCACUCAGGUGAAUGAUCUGUUUGAGAAGAUAGACGAGAUAGUGCAGUUAAAUGGUGGGCAUUACACCAGCAGCAUUUAUGAAGAGGCCCAGAGAAAGAUCAAGUCAGAUGAGUGGUGGAACACCUGUGUACAGUAUGUGCCCCUGUUAGGUGCAGGCUUGAUUGGAGCUGCAGUAGUCAUUGCUCUCCCACCUGGGCCAACUUUAAUGGCUGCUGCGUCAGGGAUUAUUAAAAAUAUUUUUUAGGUUUCCAAGAGUUUAAAGAUAGUUUUGUCAUGUUAUAACUUUCAGGAAAUUUGUGAGGUAGUACUUUUAUUUCCUUCCCCUUAUUUCAUGUAUGCGCUUUGUGUAUGAGUCCCAGCAUGUCUGCUUUGAACAAUGAAUUACCUACUCUGAGAAACACUUUCAUCCUGAAUAUCAUUUUAUUCUUUAUUCAUUAUUAUGAGUUUUAUUUCUGAUUAUGAUCUUAUUCAUUCUGUUUAAUUUGUAAAAAUGAAAUAACCUGUACUAGAGUCUGCAUUACAAGACUUCAUUAGGAGUAACAAAAGUAUAAGGAUGCUGAAAGUUUGUCUUUUUUUAAAGGUCAGAAAACUCUUUUUGAUCAUAUAAGUAUCACAUGCUGUACAUACAUUGAUUAACAGUUUAGUCAUGUAAACUCGUUUGUUUCUUUACUUAUUAAGAAAAUAAAGUUGUUCCCAAUAAAAAAGUUUAGUUUCGCGUG